AUGACCGCUCAACCCGUGGAGUACGUUAUCAUUAACUCUGGUACCUCGAGCGCGCUGUCCGUCGAUGGGAACAUUACAGGCUGCUAUUGUUUUGUUGCGGGCGCCGCCGGUAUGAGUGUAGAGUACCCAUUUGAUACUGUUAAGUUUAGGCUUGCCCAAAAAAUCCUCGAAGCCGACACAGAGGGUGCUGUCUUUAAAUCCGACUUCAUAGUGCUACGUAAUGUAGUUUUGUGCGGUGCAGCAUCCGGCGCAAUCACAUCUUUCCUUCUAAAUCCUAUCGAGAUGAUUAAAUGCAAUAUGCAAGUGCUCCCGGAGACCCAAGCAGGCAUACAGUUGCAAAGGCGUGGGACAAGAACUACUAUUGAGGAGAUAUACUGUCGCUACGGCAUGUCCGGAUUCUGGAGUGGACAGAUCGCUAUCAUCAUUCGGGAGGCUGGCGGGACCGCAGCUUGGUUCGGCAGUUACGAGGGUGUGAAGCGCUCCUUACAACGUAUAACCCCUCAAACGAUCGAGGGACAGUUGGAAUCCUUGGCUGGGGCAAAGGCUGCUUGGCAACAAGUCAUGGCUGGCGCGUGUGCAGGUAUGGGUUACACCUUUUCAGUCUACCCUGCCGACACGGUCAAGUCAUACAUGCAAACCGCACAUUGUUUCAGCCAAAGCCAAUAUAGCCCUAGUUUGAGAUUCCUUGAUGUAACUUCACACCUCUGGCAACAAUUUGGGUUACGUGGAUUAUACCGAGGUUGUAGUAUUACGAUAGUAAAGUCGGCUUUUGGCUCAGCGCUAAUCUUCUCAGUUUAUGAGAGAAUUAGCAAGCUACUACGGUGA